UCAGGAAGUGAAUUUAAAUUCCAUUUCAAUGUAAAGGAUGAGAGAGAGAGAUAGAGAAAAAUGGAGGGAGGGGUCUGGCUGGAUGGGUCCUUAAAAAGGAGAGGAGGAAGAUGUAGAACUCAACUCACAGGCAGGACAGAGAGAGAGAGAGAGAGAGAGCGAGAGAGAGACCCAGUGAAGACCUUUGAAGAUCUCUGAAGAAGUGAAGCUACAACUGAAGACUUCAGAAGGAGACUAUCACCAUGGCGAUGUUGACCACUCUUCUGCUUCUCAGCGCUGUCUUUGCUCUGGGAGAUGCAAGGGGUAGCAGAGGGGAUCGGCGUAAUCGCUGUGACUCGGAGGAAAUCGUUCCUCCUCCGAAAGAUCCGUAUGACUCAGAGGAAAACAGUUCUCCCUCGGAGGAACAAAUUAUUCCUCCGACAGAUUAUUCUGACUCGGAGGAACACAUUCCUCCUCCGAAAGAUCGAUCUGACUCAGAGGAACACAUUCGUCCACGGAAAGAGUGGCAUCACAGAGCCUGCCCAAACGGCUGGCACAGACAUAAGACACACUGCUAUCACUAUGUCCCCAUCAUGACCACAUGGCCAGAGGCAGAGAGGAGAUGUUUGCGCUUGGGAGGUAACCUGGCGUCAGUGCACAGCCUUUCCCAGUAUCGUUUCCUUCAGUCUGUCAUCAGGAAGAGUACCAGGAAAGUCCAGCGCACCUGGAUUGGAGCCAACGACGCCAUCAAGGAGGGUCUUUGGCUGUGGAGCGACGGGUCCAGGUUUAACUACCAGAACUGGGCCCCAGGUCAACCCUCCAACUAUAACCAUGGUGUUAUUAAGGACAACACGAACGGUCGGGAGCAUUGCAUGGAGAUGAAUUAUGGAGCUUCCCGCGGUCAGAAUGAUGCCCCUUGCUGGUACAAACGUCCAUUCCUGUGUUCCAGAAAGCGCUGAUGUCCACAUUUUGGGAGCGACAACAUUGGAGAAGCUCUCAGAUUGUUUUAAAUAAAGGCACCGUCUGCAAUAUU